AACCUAUAUGUACAACCACAUCAAACCAUUUAGCAUAGCAUACAAUAAUACUACAGCUUCUCUCUCUCUGUGUCUCUCAACAUGCAAACUCAUCAUCACUCUUUCUCAUCCUACAUAUCCUCUUGUGGGAGUAGUAGUACUACUAGUCCCUUCUUGGACAAUCCCGAAGAUGCCGAUGUUGUGCUUCUUGAUGACGAAGAAGCCUCCAUUUCCCUUUCUCUUGGGCCUCCCGGCCAACAUCACAACCCCAAGAUCUCUACAACUUCACCACUACUACUGCAACAUAACCCUAACUGUGAUGAUGACCAGAGUGGUGUAACCGUUGCUCUACACAUUGGCCUUCCUUCCACAACAACAACAACUGCACCCAACACCACCACCACCAUCAGCACCACAACAAGUAAAACUGAUAGCCUUCAGGGUCAGUACUGGAUCCCUUCCCCUGCACAAAUCCUCAUUGGUCCCACUCAGUUCUCUUGCACUGUCUGCAACAAAAUGUUCAAUCGUUUCAACAACAUGCAGAUGCAUAUGUGGGGACAUGGGUCACAAUAUAGGAAAGGACCAGAAUCAUUAAGAGGAGCAAAGCCAGCAUCUUCAAUGCUGAGGCUACCAUGCUAUUGUUGCGCGGAAGGUUGCAAGAACAACAUAGAGCACCCAAGAUCAAGGCCUCUCAAGGAUUUCAGGACACUGCAGACUCACUACAAGAGAAAGCAUGGCGCCAAGCCCUUCGGCUGCCGCAAGUGCGGUAAGCCCUUCGCCGUCCGAGGAGAUUGGAGGACGCACGAGAAGAAUUGCGGCAAACUUUGGUUUUGCAUAUGUGGCUCCGAUUUCAAGCACAAGAGAUCCCUCAAGGACCAUGUCCGCGCUUUCGGCGACGGCCAUGCUCCUCAUACUGUGGAGAGCUGUGACCAGUUCGUCGAUGAAGAAGAAGAUGAUUAUGAACUUGAUGAUGACGACGACCUAGACUUAGAAGAUAAUAACAACAAUAAUAGUAACGGCAAUCAAGGUGUUUUCAGUUUCAAUUAAUUAAAAUACAUGUGGGUGUAGCGUGUGAGUUUAUCCUUUAAAGUUUAAACUAAAUGUCUCAAAGUUUGAAUUCAAUCUUAUUUUUGGUUUCAAAAUAAUUCUAUUU